CGUUACGAAGGAAAGUACACACUGACGGCGCAGCGCUGACCCGAAAACAACAAGACGCGGCCGCAUUCGUACCGACGACGGCUCAUGACACCGGCCCACGGACACUCAGUCUAGUUACAACAAUGGAGAAACCUCCCUUCAGGCAGAACCAGAACUGCGGAGACUGGGAGCUGAGAGAGAGGCUGGGUAUGGGCGGCUUUGCCCAUGUUUACCUCUACCAACAUCAUGAAACAAAUGAAAAACUAGCUGUCAAAAUGUGUCGUCUAGAGCUCACACCAAGGAAUAAGGACAGAUGGAGCAGAGAAAUCCAGAUCAUGAAAAAAUUAAAUCACAUAAAUGUUGUGACAGCCCGAGAUGUCCCAGAGGAGAUAGAGGACAUAGCCUUAAAUGAUCUUCCACUGCUGGCCAUGGAGUACUGCUCCAGGGGAGACCUGAGGAAGGUGCUGAGCAAACCUGAAAACUGCUGCGGUUUGAAAGAGAGUGAAGUGCUUUCAUUACUCAAUGAUGUUGGAUCUGGUAUCCAGUAUCUGCACGAAAAUAAGAUCAUACACAGAGAUCUAAAACCUGAAAACAUAGUGCUGCAAGAGAUCAACGGAAAGCUGGUUCACAAAAUCAUUGACUUGGGUUAUGCUAAAGACCUGGACCAGGGUAGUCUGUGUACCUCCUUUGUCGGCACGCUGCAGUACCUGGCACCUGAGCUGUUUGAGAAUAAGCCAUACACCGUUACUGUGGACUACUGGAGCUUUGGUACGAUGAUAUUUGAAUGCAGCUGUGGUUUCCGUCCUUUCUUGCACAACCUCCAACCUGUGCAGUGGGCCAGCAAAGUGAGGAAUAAAGGUCCAAAAGACAUCAUGGCUGUGGAAGAGCUGAAUGGAGAAGUCAGGUUCUCCACACACCUCCCCUACCCCAACAAUCUCAGCAGGACGCUGCUGGAGCCGAUGGAGGCGCUGCUUCAGCUGAUGUUAAAGUGGGACCCUGUGCAGAGAGGAGGCAAAAUGAACUCUGACACAAAGAAACCCCAGUGCUUUGAAGUCCUGGAGCAGAUACUGAGUAUGAAGGUCGUCCACAUCUUGAACAUGACCACAGCUCAAGUCCACUCCUUCCAGCUGACUCCGGAUGAGAGUCUGCACAGUCUGCAGAAGCGCAUUGAAGCUGAGACCAAGAUCGAAGUGGUGAACCAGGAGCUGCUGCAGGAGACGGGUGUGUCACUGGACCCCAGGAAGCCCGCGGCACAGUGUGUCCUGGACGGAGUGCGGGGGUGGGAUAGUUACAUCGUAUACCUGUUUGACAAGAGCAUCACCAAGUACUCUGGGCCCUUCAGUGCCAGACCGCUGCCUGACAAAGUCAACACCAUAGUCCAAGAGGCCAAGACCCAGCUGCCCCUGGUAGCACUGAAGAAGGUUUGGGGUGAAGCAGUAAGCUACAUCUGUGGUCUGAAGGAGGACUACAGCAGACUUUUCCAAGGACAGAGGGCUGCUAUGUUGAGUCUCCUGCGCUACAACACCAACCUGACCAGGUGUAAGAACAGCAUGUUUGGCUUCUCCCAGCAGCUGAAAGCCAAGUUGGACUUCUUCAAGAGCAGCAUCCAGUACGACUUGGAAAAAUACAGCGAUCAGAUGCACUAUGGCAUAUCCUCUGAAAAGAUGCUGAAAGCCUGGCAGGAGAACGAGGAGAGAGCUGCUGCUUUCGCACAGGUGGCAGAGGUGAGCCAUUUGGAUGACGAGAUCAUGGCUCUGCACUCUGAGAUAGUGGAACUCCAGAGGAGCCCGUACGCCCGACGCCAGGGAGACAAGAUGGAGCAGCUAGAAGAAAAGGCGAUCGAGCUCUAUAAGCAACUGAAGAUGAAGUGCAAAAUACCUGACCCAGAUGUGAGCUGUGACAGCUCUGAGAUGGUGAAGGCCAUCAUUCAGACUGUCCAGAACCAAGACAAGGUCCUCAAAGACCUGUACACCCACCUCAGUAAGAUCCUGAUCAGCAAACAGAAGAUCAUUGACUUGUUUCCACGAAUCGAGAAAACCCUGGAGAGCAUCAAGGAUGCUGACAACACAGUGAUGCAGAUGCAGAUAAAGAGACAGAGAGAGUUCUGGCAUUUACUGAAGAUCGCCUGCGCUCAGAACUCGUCACGGAGCUCGAUAGCAGCCAGUCCAGAGUCGUCCAACCUGCUGCAGGUCUCUCAGUGGUCACAGUCAGCGCAACCUGUCAGCUCCCCACAUCCUCUAACCUCCCUGCCUGGGCCAAAUGACAGUGAUGCUGCCCCACGUCUGCUGCAGGAGAACCAGAAGUACCUCAGUCAGCUGACCAGCCUGAUGCAGGAGGCUGCUGACGAACAGGCCAAGAGCAUAGUGGACCAAGACUGGAGCUGGACGAAAUACGAAACUUUAACAACAAAAUUAAAAAAGCGAAAUGCCUAAGACCUGUUUCGUCCUCCAUCCCUGCUUGUGCUCCGUAACACUAAGGACUGUCAGCUGUUAAAACAGCAGAGUGGCUCCAGACAUUGUACAGUUGUACAUGGACUCGGGAUAUUCUCUUUAAAAAAUGGUUCUCUUGAUCUUCUUUUUAAAAAAAAUGCGACGGAGGUCACACAUGCUCGGUGGUGUCAGUCCACUCCCAUCAGAGUCUGAUCGGUGAAUAUUCUUGUUUUUGUAUGAGGAAACAAAUGAAGCUGUGUCUCUCUACUCUUUUUCCUUUUGCUGCACAAUAUUUACCUUCACUCAUAAAAACUGAUGAUACUCAUUUCUACUGUUAUUGCAAAUCUAAGCAAACUGUAGCACCAGAUUUGGGGGUUUGAGGUGGAUUUAUCACAAAGGAGAAUAAUAGACAGAAACAUGGGAACUAGUUCAACCUCGUGGCAUACAAGGAAAAGACAGGAAGUGGUCGGGGGAGGGGGAGGGGGGGGGCGGGGGGGGGGGGUCGAGGAGGAAAUUACAAUCAAGCAAACAGCACUUUGAUGCUCCCAUGCAUCGUCUCUGUGAAGAGACGGGACGUCCCAGGCUGCCAAAACUGUCGCAGAACUUACAGUCGCAACGAGACGGAAACUGUUAUCGUCACUCAUAAUCAACUUGAUAUAUUUUACUAUAAACAUUGUGAGAUUUCGACUCAACAUACAUGUUAUUUCGAUUUAAGUAUUUUUUUUUAAAGAAAAUGUUAUAUAUCACAGGCAGACGUCUUUUGUUAUGAUACAUGUGACAGACGUGGCUGGCCAUCAUGUUUAUACGGUGUCUAUACUGUACAUCUGUCUUUUUUUAUGUGCACACACCAUUUCACUGGAUGGUUUAUGCUGCGUUCAUGUCAUAUAAAGCUGAAACACUCGGUCAAGUUUAAACGACGAGGCGAUUAAUCGAUUAGUCCGGUGAGAGAAAAAUUAUCGUGUAACUGUUGAUACUGAUAUUGAAUUAAUUAUUUGUCAGUUUUUAAGUGAACAUACCAAACAUUUUAUGGUUGCAUGUAUAUCGAUGGGUUUUAGUUUUCUUGCUUGAACCUGAUCAGCUGCUUCUCAGUUGGCGAGCACUGAUUACAUGAAGCAGUUGUGCGUGUGUCACCUGAUGAUCGGUUGAACAGGAAGUUUGUCAGUUUUUGACCCUUCAGACUCAGCGGUGUUGAAACGCUCUUUUCACUGUCGGUGAAUCAGUUAAUGGAGAUAACAAUCAGCAGAUUAACAGGUAAUUAUAAACCGCGGUGUGGUGAUGGAGGCUGCUGUUACUGUGAAUCUCAGAUCAGAUCAGUGUUCAGUGCCUUUAAUAACACCAGACGUCUCACUUCCACCGUUCAAGGUAAUUAAACCCAAACUUAAUGUAUAUUGUUUUUAACCUUCACGUGACCAACUCUGCCGUCACUGCUGUGCGGAGUUGUCUCUGUAUGAUGGUCAGAGCCCACUGUGGGAUAAAACACACGUUAGUAUUUCUGCUUGUUCGUUUCAGUCGUAGACUAAUCAGUUAACUGACGAAUCCUUUCAGCUUCAGUUGUAAACACGGGACUCUUUCCUCUGUUCAUCCCAUAUGACGUGAACGCAGCAUUUGUCGUGGAGGUGUGAAACAGCCUGGUUUCCAUUCAACACUGUAGCAUCUGCAGCCAUUGGUCCCCAGUGAAAUGAACCAGGACAGUAAACGAUUGAAUGUACUGCAGUUACACUGUAAAGUGUUCACUGCGUUGUUAUGUGGUUACUUUGGGCCAGAGAGAGAUUUACCUUCUGAGUUGUAUUUAUGAAGUUGAAGUGCAAUGGAGAAGAUUAUUUUUUGUAUUUAAGUAACUCGAUUUGUCAGUUUUCUUUCCAUUUGAGUAUAUUUGUUUCCAUCCAAUGGUUUAAGCUCGUCUUUGAAUGUUUAAUUUUUAGAAAUGUCAUUGUAUAAUGAUCAAAUGUUUGCCUGGUAAUAAAAUAAAAAGAUUUUGGCAUGA